AUGAGUGUCCCUUCUAUAUCAUCUCUCCCAUCGGGCGAUACGGAUAUCGAUCUCGAAGCUGCCUUCAAAGAGUCGCUCGGUAUCGCUCGAGAGGUUGUCAAGGGAGUGUUAUUACAGUCUCUUCGUGUUUCGUUCGAAGGUCACAAUAUUAGUUUCCCAGCUCAGCAAAUACUUUCUGGUGACGAGACAUAUAAUACACUUCUUACCAUGCGAGAUUUAGAAUCACCCACAGGCUUGAUGAUAGACAAUAAUGUUAUUCAGCUUCCAUAUUCGGGAAAUAUCAUUAGUUCAACUUCUCAAUUGUCCGCGAUGGGUGGUCAAAUGAAUCAAAUGGCCUUCUCACCCUUGACUACGAGCAAUCUCAACUCUCAUAUUCGUCCUGGAAAUUCAAUACAACAACAGCCGUUCAGUAAUUCCAAUUAUCGACCACAAUCUUCCUUUAAUGUCACUCAAAGUCAAACCGAACUUCCACAGCUUUCCAAUUUAUUACGAGCAGUGAACACAAACAACUACACUCAACAACAAACUUUCCCCUCCAGCAAUAAUUCGUAUUCACUCUCUUCGAAUCAACCUUUACGUCCUCAACUGCAGCACCAUAACCCUGCGAUCAAGUACCCCCAAAAUAUGGAUGACCUCUUCUCCCGAUCGGAUUCAGUCCUUGCCUCGCAAAUCCCUUCAAAUCGAAGCAACUUUCAACAGCAGAUGAUUGCUCGAUUACAAAAAGAUUCUCGAACUUUCGCAAAUCAAUCCUAUUCGAGCUACGGUGGACAAGGGCCCAUUCCCAACCUAGAAAGAUCGAGUUCGAGCAGUUCAGCUUUGUCCAGUUCAUCUUUACCAACUCUGGCUCCAGCGCAAAAACCUCCACAAACUGAAAACCUACUGGUUGUAGAAUCUCGAUCGAGUACGCAAAGUCGGUCAGAAACACCCAUGGACUUAGAAAUGACUAAAGGUACCAAUCCGAGGAAGCGCAAGGUACAAACAGAAGAGCAGAAGGCCGCUGCGAAGAAGGCAAGGCUAUUGAAGAUUGCUGGAAAGGCGGAGAAUGCUGAAAAGACAAAUAAACUGGAGGUAGUAAAGAAGAAAGAACUUGAAAUACCAGCCGACGUUGUAAUCCGCAUUCUCGAGUUUUGCCCUCCUAUCUUUCUCCGAAAAGCUCGAACUAUCUGCCGCAGCUGGCACAAAUGGGUUAAAGAAUUGAAAUCUAUCCAUAUCAAUUGCCGCAGAGAAAACUAUGGUUACAAUUUGCCUGACGAAAUUCCAGGCCUAUCUGCAAUGCAGUAUGUUGAUCUUCUAGGAGGAAAAGGUUGCAUGGAACCUGGUUGCAAAAACAAAGAUGCUAGCAGAACUCACUGGGCUUGGAAAAAGAGGUGGUGUCUCAACUGUUGGAAGGGAAAGAUCGAGAGAGAAGAUCGUAUCCAGAAACAUCGACAACUCCAGUAUUCCCUGCCUGUCAUUGACAGACUGUUAGCGUGCAUUCCAGUUAGCAUGUACGAUUCUUUUGGUAAACCUCACGAUUACGUCGAAGAAGGGGACCCUGGAGCAAUUCAAACGUCGACGCACCGACUGUACAAAUACUACUUGAUUGCCGACGUCGAAAACAUCAUAAAGGAAUAUGAAGCACUCACACCCGAUCCAUAUCGUGAGGAUCCUACCCAUAAUGAUGCGCAGAAAGCCACCGCCCGCCAGAUUUGGGAGGAGAAAAUGGAGAAGUUGGAAGAAGUUCGUGAUGCCUUUUUCGAAGCAAAGAAGGCCGAGAACGCCAAGGUCAUGCAACUCGUUUUACAAAUCGAAGCAGCAGUCCGUGAGAAGAGAGCCAAAGGUCGCAAGCCGAAUGAUGCUAAUCGCGAAAGCCGGAGAACCCUCUUCCUCACAUUUGCGAAGCGUGAUCUCCCAGAUAUUCCAGAGGACUUUAUCAUUAACACCAAGCCAUUCAAAGCAGCCGUUCGAAUUUUCAGAGAUGGUGGCUCGGAACGAGGUUGGAGAGCUUUGAAGCCGAAGAUUCAAGAAGUCUACCAGCAAGAGCAAUCGAGAAGGAAUGAUCAACAAGCCAUCGUUCCCGCAAAAGACGUACCAAGCCGGGGUAAUAUAGACGAAGACUUUCAAAUGACUGGGCAAGAUCUCGGAAACUUUGAGCAAGCUAACGAUGUCCUUCGACAAAUUGGCAAUCAAGGUCUGCAACAAAACACACAGCAAACUCAACUGGCAAGAUAUCAAAUCCCAACACCAAUCACUAGUAAUCGGUCGUCUCUUGCAAUGAUCCAUGCUGGUUCGUUUGAUUCUGGCAAGGGCGCCGUGGCUACAGCUUUACGACCAUUGAACAAUCCGACAAUGACAUUUCCAGGUGGUCUGCCGCUCCCCAAUGACUCUUUACUCAACACUUCUCAUAACAAUAGCGGUUCUUCUGUCAGUUCAUUGAGCAACAUUUCUCACAACAAUGGCUUUUCUACCAGCUCAUUGGCACGUCUCUCUGAAAUCAACAAUGGCUCUUUAAUGGGUUUAACGAACAUGCCUUCUCGCAGCAAUAACGGUUUUCCUGCUAGCUCAAUGAACUCUCUUGCUCAAAAUCACAAUUCCAUGAUAUCAUCCAACAACGCUUAUGGAAACAACGGGCUUCCUGCCAGUACAAUGUCAAUUCUAUCUCAGAAUAAUAAUAACAUGGGUUCAUCGAGCACUACCUCCCGCAAUAUCUCAAUGACUCCUCUUCCCCAAAACGGUAACAACUCUUUCAUGGGUUUAUCAAACAGUGGUUCCUACAGUGCAAAUAACAACAUGACCAAUUCCAUGACCUCUCGAUCUCAAAACAUGAACAACUCCUCCAUGGGUCAGUUGGGUAAUAAUUCUCGCAUCGCUCACAACAAUAAUGGCGAUCUUAUGAAAAGUGCUUCUUACAGCAAUAACAACUUUUCUACCAAUUCCAUGGCCUCUAGGUCUCAAAGCAUGAAUGGCGCCAACAUUAGUUCACCAGAAGACUUUUUCAAGAUGAAACCUUAUGCAAAUUCAAACCAGAUGUCUCAGAGCAAUAAUGUCUCUUCUGACAUCUCUCCCAGCGACUUCUCUGGCCACUCUAAUUACAACAAUGCAGUUAGUUCCGGCACUUCGAAUCAUCUUACCCAAUGCAAUAAUGUUUCGUCGCUCUUGCCUCCUCCUCACUUAGGUUACGCCUCUCAAAAUAAUGUCGCUUCUUCUGCCAAUCCAUCGAACCAAGUUUACCAGAACAAUGGCACCUCAUCCAAUUCCUCAAACCCUGGAUCAUCUUCAACUUCACGAAGCGCCAUGGCUAUUUCCUCAAUCAUU